AUGCCAAAGGAACGCAACUUCAACCCCGUGCAGGCCCAGCGCAAGGCCGACAAGGCCAAGGCCAUCAAGAAGGGCAAGGCAGAUGUGACCGCCAAGCGCAACGAGCGGCUCGCAAAGCGCAACCCAGUGCACCUACAAAAGCAGAUCGACGACCUCAAAGCCGUGACUGCCGGCGGCGGAAAACUCACACACCACGAAGAGCAGGUCCUCGAGGGCCUGGAGAAGGAGCUCAAGGCUGUCCAGAAGGCACGGGAGACACUCGGCGAUGCGGCACCGCAAUUCCGAAGCAGCGGGCCACGCCGAGAUGGCGACAAUGACAGGGGAGCGCUGGGGAAGAGGCGGAGGGACUACGACGAGGUCGAACUCAGCAGCGACAGUGAUGUGCCAGAGGAUGUGCAGAGUAUCCCAAUGCCGAGGGACACGCCGCCGCCAAUCCCCAAAGAGGUCAUGGACCGGUGGUGGGCUAAGAGGAGGGCCAAGAUGAACGAGAUCAAGAAUGCGAAUCUUGAGCCGUUAGGCAGCGGCAACGACAGGGGCGGCAGAGGUGAGAGGCAACAGUCGACGCCCACGCCUGCGCCAGAAGCAAAGACGGUAUACGAGUCCAAGCCUAUAGUGCGAGACCUUCGCAAGGAGGCGGUCGCAUUCGUCCCCAGCGUGGUAAGGCAGAAAUUGGACAAGACUCAAGGCAAGGGCGGUCUCAUGGAGCCUGAAGAGGCGGACAGGCUGGAGAAAGAGGGCUACCUGCAUGCAUCACACGACGUCCAGGGAUCACAGUCAACGGAGCCCGGCCACGCCUCGGCAACAGCAUCUCGGCAAGUCACGAUGGAGGAAGUCGAGGAAGACGAAGACUGA